UGUUGCUCCAGCCGGGAUCGGCCUCCUGUGAGUCUGCCCCAGCACAACACCGGGUCUCGCCAGGCACACACACGUUUGAACUGCUUCUCACUCCCAUCCAGCCACGCCUUGUAUUUAUGCCACACGCGCUCCGGAUCCUGCUUGUCAGCUUCGUUUCCUCUGCGCACAAAGAGUCGUGCCCUCAUUUUUCACCCGCCGCCUAAAAGACUGCAGUGACUCACAACCGACAUAUCCUCACUACCCGCACCAUGCCAGGAGUCGAUUUGGCGCCCCUCCGGGCUGACGAUACCCGUGUCCUUGGCCAGGACCCCUUGAUCCCUCCUGCGCUGCUCAUGUCGGAGAUCCCCAUCUCGUCUGCAUCUCUGGAAACCGUCGUCAAGGGCCGCCGCGAUGCGGCCGACAUCAUCAUGGGGCGCAGUGACCGCCUGCUUGUCAUCGUCGGUCCCUGCUCGAUCCACGAUCCUGCCAUGGCCACAGACUACAUGAACCGUCUCAAGGCGGUGGCGGACCGCCUCUCCGAAGACCUCUGCAUCGUCAUGCGCGCUUAUCUCGAGAAGCCUCGCACGACUGUUGGCUGGAAGGGCCUCAUCAACGACCCGGACAUUGACAACAGCUUCCAGAUCAACAAGGGUCUGCGUCUCUCACGCCAGAUGUUUGCGGAUCUCACCAACGCUGGCAUGCCCAUUGCGAGCGAGAUGCUCGACACCAUCUCCCCACAGUUCCUGGCCGACUUCAUCUCUGUCGGUGCCAUUGGCGCCCGCACCACCGAGUCUCAGCUGCACCGCGAGCUAGCCUCCGGCCUUUCGUUCCCCAUCGGCUUCAAGAACGGUACCGACGGCAGCCUCGGCGUUGCCAUUGACGCCAUUGGCGCCGCUGCCGCCCGCCACCACUUCAUGGGUGUCACCAAGCAGGGCCUUGCCGCCAUCACCCGCACCGCUGGCAACGAGCACGGCUUUGUCAUCCUCCGUGGCGGCACGCGUGGCACAAACUAUGACCGCGAGAGCGUCAAGGGCGCCAAGGAGGUCCUUGCCAAGAAGGGCCAAAAGAUGGCCAUCAUGAUUGACUGUUCACACGGCAACUCCAACAAGGACCACAAGAACCAGCCAAAGGUGGCUGCCGACAUUGGCGCCCAGCUCCGCGAUGGCGAGUCUGCCAUCAUCGGUGUCAUGAUUGAGUCCAACAUCAACGAGGGCAACCAGAAGGUCCCAGCCGAGGGCCGCUCUGCUCUUAAGCCCGGCGUCAGCAUCACCGACGCAUGCAUCGAUUGGGAGACCACCGUCACUGUCUUGGACGACCUUGCUGAUGCCGUGCGUGCGCGCAGACAGAAGAAUGGUGCUGUCGACAGCAAUGUUGCCGACCACAAGGCCACGCUCCUGGAGGAGGACUAGGUGUCUCGCCAAGCAAAGGCAUUGUAGAUGGCACUCCAAACGGAGUAGACCUGCCCACUCUGCCCCUGUCCAUUUUUUUCAGACCCCAAAAGUUUGUGUUUCAGGAUCAAUCUUCUGUCAUCUUGAGCGGCAAAAACGAUAACGAGGCGUUCUAGGGUGGGAUAUCUUUGGUUUCAUGUGGAUUGGUAGGGGACAUCACCAUCACGAUCGAUGAGAACAGCUCCUGAUUGCUUGCAACCAGAUAGGUGGAGAUGUAAAGAUAGUAUAAGCAAUACAAUUGAUGAUUUCAUCUCCCAGAAA